GCUUUGGCCUGUCCGCGCACUGAUCAACGCCAUUUUGGAUAAAAUUCGGUGAAAAUAUGUCCCAAGAAAUUCAAUCUGUGACACAUAUACAGGUUGAAAAUGUUCCUGAACUGCAUCAUAUCCAGUUUGCUGAAGGUAUACCUGAGGGUGCAACUGUUACUUUCAUUGACUCUUCCUCCCUGGAUCAACAACAAAUAAUAGAUCUUCCUCCAGGAAUUGAAAUAUAUCAGACAAUUCAACUACAGGAUGGUACUGAGCAUGUUUUAUUGGAACAACCAAUCCUCACGCAAAUUAAUGGAAAUGGAAAUCUGUCCGUGGCUUCUAUACCUCCACAACAGGAAGUCAAUGUCCAACCUCCGGCUCAACUACCAAAACAACCAGAUAUCAAACCACCAGUGGGCAAGGGACCAUAUAACUGUGAAUAUUGUGAUAAAAUAUUCAAGAAAUGGAACCAACUUCAGCGUCAUGUAAAAACUCACGAUGAUGAUAAACCAUUCCAGUGUGGUACGUGCACGGCAUCGUUUAAUGUAGAAGAUAACCUCAUACUUCAUGAAUCAACUCAUGUUGGAGAGAACCAAGAUCCAGUAUGUCCUGAGUGUGGGAAGAAAUUCUCUCGUGUGGCGUCAUUAAAGGCACACAUUAUGUUACAUGAGAAAGAAGAAAAUUUAAUGUGUCCAGAAUGUGGCGAUGAGUUUGGUUUACAGAGUCAGCUAGAUCGUCACAUGCAGGAACAUAGAGAGGAACAUGUUGGUGUUCGUAUGUUUCCAUGUCGACAGUGUCAUCAUGAAUUUACAAAAGUAUCACUACUCAGAGAACAUAUGAAGCAACAUUAUAAAAUAAAAGCUUCUCUAUCACAUCGUACAUAUAAAAGAGACAUAGAUAGAUCAAAUUUUGGACAUCGAUGUAAACACUGUAACAAGCAUUUCCAAAAACCUAGUCAGCUACAGAGACAUGAACGUAUACAUACAGGUGAAAGACCGUAUAAAUGUACAGAUUGUGAUAAAUCAUUUAAUCAGAAGGGUGCUCUACAGAUACACAUGACUAAACAUACAGGCAAUAAACCACAUCUAUGUGACUUCUGUCCAUCAGCAUUCUCACAGAAAGGAAAUCUUCGAGCUCAUAUACAGAGAGUUCACACUAUAACAAAAGAAUCUGAUGGUCCAACAUACGAGUGUGGUGAAUGUAGCUGUAUGUUUAAAAAACUGGGUAGCUUAAAUGCUCAUGUCAGCCGAGCACAUUCAGAUACAACUGAUUGGAACGAGGCUUCUUGGACUGAUAGACCUAAAGAAAAUGAAUCACAAGUAAUAGAACGUCUGUUGGAGAUGACAGAACAAUCAACGGAAAAUGCAGAAAAUGGUCAGCCAACAGAAAAUGCUGAUGUACCAAAUAUUGUUGAUGUAGCAGCUAACGAGAAUGAAAUUGCCGAAGCUUCUUCCUCUGAUAUUUUACAACAAGCUUUAGAAAAUAGUGGUCUUCCAAAUAAGGCAAAUGAGACGUCUGACUCCACUGGUCAACCCAUUACAGCUGUUACAACCAAUCAGACAUCACCAUCUGAAUCUCAAGCUGUACAGAGUACUAUUACAACUAUGACAAUUCAUGAUACAGCAACAGGCAUUGUUAAAAGACAUCUCAUCAGAAAGGUGAAUGGUGUGCGAUGGCACCAGUGUAAUUAUUGUUCUAAAGAGUUUAAGAAACCCAGUGAUCUUGUUCGUCAUAUCCGUAUUCAUACCCAUGAAAAGCCAUAUAAAUGUACCCAGUGUUUCCGUAGUUUUGCCGUUAAAAGUACACUGACAGCUCAUAUCAAAACACAUACAGGUGUUAAAGAUUAUCGUUGUGAUCAAUGUCGCAAAUUGUUCUCAACACAAGGCAGUCUUAAAGUACAUCUGCGAUUACACACUGGAGCCAAACCAUUCAAUUGUCCUCAGUGUGAUAAAAAGUUCCGUACGUCUGCUCACAGGAAGUCACAUGUUCAGUGUCACUUUAAAGAUGGAUGUGAUCCCCGUUUGAUGGAUAGACGACCUCGACGAUCAGUGAGACGACCAGCAAGACUAUCAGAUCAAACUAAUCUACCCGAUAUAGCCUUACAAGAACCUAUUUUAAUUACUGAUACAGGGUUAAUACAACAGCCACCGAGGUCCAAUGUUUUUACUCAGUAUUUGGGUGAAGCCAGUUCGGCUGAUCGACCAUAUAAAUGUCAGUAUUGUCAACGUGGUUUUAAAAAAUCCAGUCAUUUAAAACAGCAUGUCAGAUCUCAUACAGGAGAAAAACCAUAUCGAUGUAAUCAGUGUACUAGAUCAUUUGUAUCAAGUGGUGUUUUAAAAGCUCAUCUACGUACACACUCAGGUGUUAAAGAAUAUCGGUGUAUUAUUUGUGAAACUAUGUUUACAACAAAUGGCAGUUUAAAAAGACACAUGUCUACUCAUAGUGAAGUACGACCAUUCAUGUGUCCAUAUUGUCAGAAAACUUUUAAAACUUCUGUCAAUUGUAAAAAACACAUGAAAACUCACAAACAUGAGCUAGCUCUACAAGCAAUUCAACAAGAUCCUUCACAGCAGACACAACAAGAUGAUGUCACCUUAGCGCCAGACGGAACACAAAUAGGGCAAUCACAAUCUACGACAGAUAUAACUGUUUUACAACAACAAGAUGUUGGUCAUACAACAACUAUUGGUCAGACAGAACUAAGUCAAGCCAAUCUACAAGAUGCAUUAGCUGGUACAGGAUUAGAACAUAAUUUACAACAAACUCUACAUAGUCAGGUGUUUGGUCAACAUCAGUCGUAUGGUGAAGCUAUUUUAAGCAGUACCCAGAACUUUGGACAGCUUGGUACGCAACUACAACAAGUAAAUCAACUAGCAGCAAACAACAUGUCCCAUAUGACCAAUCAGCAGGACUUGUCUAAUCAGGUGACGAAUGCAAUGACCAAUCAAAUGACCCAAGAUAUAACCAAUUUGACAAAUUUGGAGAAUUCUCAGUAUAAUAAUACAAUACAGAUCCAUCCAUUACAUUCUAACGAGAUGAUGACUACAUCUACUAGAAACAUCUUAAUGAACAGUAAUGAUGAACAGCAAGUAGAGAACCAACAAUUAGGAACACAGCAAACUACAACUCAACAAAUUGAAAAUCAACAGGUUGUAUCAGAAGUUGCCAAUCCUGAACCCCAACCAGAAGUCUUACCUGCAUUAUCCUAUGAAGAUUCUAAGAGAACUUACCAAUGUGGUUACUGUGAAAAAGCAUUUAAAAAAUCCAGUCAUUUAAAGCAACAUAUAAGGUCACACACAGGAGAGAAGCCUUAUCGAUGUUUACAAUGUGAUAGAACGUUUGUAUCUUCUGGUGUAUUACGAGCUCAUGCUAAAACCCACACAGGACAUAAAGAUUAUCGCUGUCCUCUAUGUCAUGCUCUCUUUACAACAAAUGGUUCGCUGACACGUCAUAUGGUUAUACAUAACUCCGCCCAGACAGUUACAUGUCCAUAUUGUUCCGAGACUUUCCGCAAUAUUGUGCUUUGUCGACGUCACAUGAAAACAGUUCACAAAGUUCAUAAAGAUGGUCAAGAUGAGAAUCAGAUACCAUCUCAACAAACACAACAAAUACAUCAGCCAGUGAUACAAGUAUCGGAAGAGGUGACAGCAGAAUUAUCUAAAGUUACUGUAGAAGAAUUAACUGUAUCAGAAAAAAUAUUGAUGGAAUCAGCUGUAGAAAAAGAUAGAAUUAGUGAAAUUAAAGCUGUAAGUGAACCUGUAGAGAGUGAUUCUAAACAUCCAUAUAAAUGUAAUCAUUGUUGUAAAAGUUUUAAAAAACCCAGCGAUUUACAACGACAUAUCCGAACACAUACAGGCGAGAAACCGUUUAGUUGUGAUAUAUGUAAUAGAUCAUUUACUGUCAAAUCUACACUAGCAAGUCAUAUAAAAACACAUGGAAACAGUGAUAAGGUGUUUAAAUGUCAUGUUUGUGAAUCACUGUUUUCAACUAAAGGAAGUUUAAAGGUACACAUGAGGUUGCAUACCGGAGCUCGUCCCUUUAAAUGUAGUCACUGUGAUCAACGAUUCCGUACUUCAGGUCAUCGAAAGAGUCAUAUUCUAACACACUUCAAAGAUGUUACCACACCUAAAAAACGGAAAUCCUUCCCUCGAUCUCAUGAUAAUAAUCAGACUAUUCAAAUAUUAAAUCAAGCUGAAGAUCCCAACGUAGGAAAUCAAGUAUUAACAUUAGAUCCUUCGAUGUUAUCACAACAAAAUAUAAUGCCUGUAUCGCUAGCCGUGGCAGAUGGUAUGGGUGGAUCUCUAGGUGAAUCAGCUCUAGCAGCCCAUGUAUUACAAGGACUGGAUGGUAUUCAGUUACAUUUUACUGGUAGUCUAGGUCAAGGCAUACAGAUAGCGGGUAUGGAUCCUAAUCUUCUAUCACAGACAGUUCAAAUAGAUGCUAGUCUCUUACAGCAAUUACAACAACAGGGCAAUAUAAACAUUACUAUAAACCCCAACGUGAUUACCCAGCCCCUUCCAACAGCUGCUGAUCCUAAUCUAGUCCAGAACAUGCCAGCACAACAAACUUCCUCUAUGUCUGAAGCGGUUAAUCCAAAUAUGCUGAUGCAGUCUAAUAUGGUGAUGUCACAGUCUGAUAUGCAAACGACGGUAACAACAAGUUAUGAUUCUAGUAAUGUUAUCAAGGAUGAUUCAGUUUACUCAACAGCUAAUGAUGGGAUAACAGUUAAUCAUUUGGUACAUCAAGAACCGGUUAUACCUGAAGAAGAUGGACAAAUACACAUAGGUGGUGAUGAUGAUGAUGAUGUAGAUGAAGAUGAUGAAGAGGAUGAUAUGGAUGAAGUUAUCCAUAGUCAAUCUGAUCUAGGAUCUCAAGGUGUUAAUUUAUUGUCUGGUGAUGUAGUAACCAGUAUAGCUGGUGGUGACUCCGGUGAUUUAAGUCACAUGACAUCGUUACAGAAAGCUUAUGAUCCAGAGAGACAUCAUGUCUGUGGCAUUUGUGAAAAGGCUUUUAAAAGAGCUGGUCACCUGAAGGAUCAUCUAGCUACACAUGGUAUAUCACCUAAACAAACCAAAAAUAAACAUCAUAUCUGUGUAACUUGUAAUAAAUCAUUUGAAAAACCCAGUCAGUUAGCUCGACAUAUUCGUAUUCAUUCAGGUGAAAGACCGUUUGUUUGCCAAAUUUGCCAGAAAGCUUUCAAUCAGAAAAAUGCUCUUCAGAUACAUUUACGUCGCCAUAGUGAUGAAAGACCUCAUUCUUGUUCUUAUUGUGGCAAAACCUUCUUACAGAAGGGUAAUCUAAAAACACAUAUAAAACGUGCACAUCAUGUUGAUAUGGUGCAAUCUAUGAAUUUACCACCAUCUAUUACCGAGGCAACCACAUCAAUGGCUGCUAAUUCUGUAUCUGCUGAACCCGGGACAGAUGGAAUGGAUAUGGUAGAUUUCUUUGAAAGUUCUUCUGCAGCAUUAUAAAUUAUUAUUAUAUUUUCUUAUGAAUAGGGGUACAUUUUUUUUUAAUCAUUUCAUACAAAAUGCAAUAUACGUUUAUUAAUUUGAUCAUAGCUAAUUUAUUAAUGCAGAUACAAAUACAUUUUAAGAAUUGAAAUAUUUUAUAAUUGAACUCUAAUCAAUUUAUAACAUUUUUAUGCAUGAGGCAUUUAGUACAAUGUCUUGGGUGGGGGAUCUAGAUAGAUACUGCUAACAAGAAAAGUAUUAUUUAUCUUGACUGGCUAAUUAAGGUUAAAGAUGCAUUAUUUACAAUUUAGUUAAAGAACUAGAUGUUCUUGCUAUAAGUUCAAAAAUAGAUAAUGAAAAUAAAAAUAUUGAAAAUUUCAUUCAAAGUAGAUUGUUUAUUAUCGUAGCAACAAUACUUUGUUUAUUAUCGUAGCAACAAUACUUGACAACCAAGACUAAGUGUAAUAAUUUAUAUUGUAUAACAUUUGAAGCCAAAAGAAAAACCAGCAAAAGGCAGAUUUAGCUCUUACAUAAUGCAUCUUUAAAUAAUUUUCUCAGAUAUUGUAAAAGCAACCAAAUUUAGAUUAAACAUGUCCACACUUUUACAGGUCUUGCCCUAGGGUGGGGAAUGAUGAUAGAUACCGGUAACAAGAAAAGUAUUAUUUAGUUUGUCAAAAUAUUUAUGAUGGAUAAUUUAUUUAUCGUCACUGGCUGAUGUUUAAUAAAAAUCACACCUUAAAAGAUAGCAAUAUGAACUAUGAAUUACAUCUUUUAAGAUCAUUGCUACAGUUCUAUAGAUUAAAAUCUCAGUAACAUCUAUCCCGCAACAUUAAAAACUAAUUAAUUUAGUUAAAUGUUUUCCGCUAAAGCAAAUGAGGUUAAUCAUUUUCGCUGAUUUUAAUCAGUUGUAAAAACAACCAAAUUAUACAAAUUUUGAAUAUGCCUCUACAAAUUCUCUUGAAUCUAGAUCAAAUAUGUCUAUAAAACCACUGAAUGUGCAGCCCAAUAUUUAAAGAUCUUGUUCUUACUUAUUAAUUUCUGUGAAAGAAUUAUCAGGGAUUAAUAUUGUAGAAGUAAUGUUUCUUAUUUUGAUAUUAUUUAUAUUUAUUGUUACUAUAUUGUUAUUUUGUAAGGGUAGUUCAAUCAAUUUACAAAAAUGUUUCUGUGACUAUAACAGUUGUUACACAGUGUAAAUAAAUUGUUUUCAAUAUG